AUGUUCAGAUCCUCCCUCAUUCUUGUUGCUUUUGCCACUAUCGCAGCUUCGAUCAAGCUACACGCUCCCGUUCCAGGACCUGGAUUCAACCAACUCGAAACAGACGGAGCGGCGACUAUUAGCUGGGAUGCUGAGGCUGGAGACCCUCCCUUCAUCAGCCUUGAAAUCCAAAACGACGUCACCCUCGACUCCUUCGAAUUUGCCCGCAAUGUUAGGGUCGACUCUGGCUCUGUGACCGGCAUCUUGGAUGAGGUCCCCGGAGGAGACGCAUAUUAUUUCCAGGCCGUUAAUGCCCACAACGUCCUCGAUGUAUAUGCGACCGGAGAGAAAUUCACGGUUGUUGGAGAGAUUCCACCCAUCACGUACGUCCCUUUACCACUUUACCUCAUGAGCAUUGCGCUCAUCUAA